AUGGGCUUAUCCGACUCAGGCCUCCAAUCCGGAUCCUUUCAUUGUCUCGUAGAUUCGUUCCUUAUCUUUUUGGUUUACCGAUUUCACUCGGUUCCAGUACCUGUGUGCAUUUCACUUCUGGCGCUAUUUCUCAAGGCCCUAGAAGCACGUACACCGCCGCUUCACAGAGCGGAGCGCUUAAGCUCUGAUUGCCAUGCUUGCAGAUAUCAGACCUUCCCUUCACGGGUCGUCUUCUUAAUUAAACCCACGUUAUCUGAUCAAAAUGUGGACGCCUAUCUCUGGUCGCAUGCUGCAUCUAAUGUGAAUUUCUAG